GACGUCAUCAGAACCGUAAAUGAAACAGAAAGUAACACGGAGCAGACGGAGAAAGCGACUCUUCACUGUCGUACUGCAGAUAUUUGUGGGGCUCAAACAACAUCCUCUAUCAGCCACAUCCCUGAAUCAGGAUGUCAGUGCAGUUCUCUGGCUGGGAGGUGGUGGACGAUGGUGCCUCCUUUCCUGGCGUGGAGCUGAAAUCCUCCCAGAAACCCCAAAACCGGGGCGUCUACAUUAUGUACCAUGGCACCAGUAUUGCCAGCGCACGGGUCAUCAUUGCCAGUGGUUUUAAACAGUCAACAGGUGGCAUGCUGGGAAGGGGCGUGUAUGUCAGUCGUGACAAGAAAAAGGCGUGUCAUUAUCCACUGAACAGCAGCACUUCUGACCGCGUGGUCCUUGAGUUGCACGUGCGUGUGGGCCGUGUCAAGCGCAUCGACCAGGACAACCAUCCUCUGCAGUACACCUGGCAUGCGCAUGGCUAUGACACUGCCUGGGUGCCCCCAAGGUGUGGCCUCAAAGCUGUGCGCAGCGGCCUUGAGGAGGAUUGCGUGUUUGACCCCAAAAGAGUGAAGGUGGUCGCCAUUGCGAAUGCACCAAACGGCAACAUCCUUAAAGAGCUUCAGCAGCUUCUGUCAAAGAAAUCCAAAAGACAUGGAGGACGAGGAGGUGAUGGUGCUCCAGAUGUGUGUGCAGUGUGCAAGAGGAAGACCCAGCAGGGUGCUCCACAUGUCAAGCAACGGUGCUGGGAGUGUGGGCAAAACAUCUGCACCCUCAUGUCCAAGCAUUUCUGUCCAGCCAAACCCAGACAGGGGGGAGAUGAUUCGUCCAGGCUGGUAGUUAGAAAGAUGUCGCUGCCAUUCUACGGCUGGGAGGUGACCUAUGACGAUGACUCUCCUCGUGUGGAGCUGAGGGAAGCUCAGGCGCCGAAAGACCGUAGUGUCUACACCAUGUACCAUGGCACCAGUGUUGCAAAUGCACGGCUCAUCAUUGCCAAUGGCUUUCAGCAGUCAUCAGGUGGCAUGCUGGGAAAGGGCGUGUAUGUCAGUCGUGAUAGGAAAAAGGCGGAACGUUAUCCAUUGCACAGUAACCCUUCAGACCGCGUGGUCCUUGAGUUAGGUGUGCGCGUGGGCCGUGUCAAGCGCAUUGACAAGGACAGCCAUCCUAUGCAGUACACCUGGAGCACGCAGGGCUACGACACAGCUUGGGUGCCCCCCAACUGUGGCAUGAAAGCCGUGCCCAGCGGCCUAGAGGAGGACUGUGUGUUUGACCCUAAGAGAGUGAAGGUCGUGGGCAUUGCAAAGGCUCCAGACACUGUACUGAAAGAGCUUCAGCAGCUUGUGGCGAAUAGUAAAAGAAAUCCCAGCGAAGGAUCUGGUGACACUGUGGACGUGUGUUCACUGUGUAAGAGAAAGACCCAGCAGAGUUCUCCACACAUCAAGCAAGCGUGUUGGGGCUGUGGGCAAAACAUCUGCUCUCUCAUGACCAAGCAUGUAUGUCGAACCGGCCGCUGAGAGGGUGUCAGAGCCUGAGAAACAGUGCUAUUGAGAAACACAUGUGGUGGAGGGACAACCCAAGCCUAAGUUAACCAAAGAGUAAAAAUGUUUAGCUCAGGUUUUUAAUCAUACUUUUGAAAAAGGACUCUUUCUACAAAUAAAUAACUGUAAUUGGUGCAACAUGUUAUAGUAGUUACUGCCAAACAUAUCUCGAGGAUCUCUGUAUGUUAUCUGCAAAAUCCUUUGUUUUAAUCAAGUACUGUUUCUACUGAAGUUCACUGAAAUGAUCUAAUUUACACUCCAUUUCAUGUUGACAGAUCAGCAUGUGUUAAGAUGAUGUGCAAUCACGAUGAGACAAUCUUUUUGUAUUGAGCAAGAUGCCUUUAUUGCAGCCUCAAAGUGGACACUGUUUACCAUAUGUGAAGUCAGUUUGAAAUAAUGUAUGAUAAUGCUCAUGAUUUUGAUUUGUGAAUUGAUUUCCUGAACACUGUAUCAUGUAAAAUCAAAGAAUCAUGUAAAGCCAAUAAAUAUUAUGAUAUCAGACACAUCA